AGGUGUGGCCAGCUCACCAGGAAGCAGGCAGAGCAGGGAAGGCUGAGUCCACACUCCACACUGCAAGCGCAAAGAGCAGGAAACUACCUUGAGUUAUUCUAUCCAAACCCAAGUCUCAAAAGUCCUCAAUUUCCCAAGAAGGCAGUGAUAGAGGCCACAACCCAGGGGGUCAUCUCUCAAGGUACCAAUAGCUUUGCAGCCCAGUAGGAGUCAUGUGCAUGUCAUAAGACUUGAAGGAAAUGCAGGGACCCUCCUAUUUUCUCCUGCAAAGUUGAAAAAUCUGCAUGCAGUUGGAAGGGAUCUUCAGAUGGUGCUGGUGACUUUCUGUUCCUUUUGGAGUUGACAUGCAUAUGGAUUGGAGGAAAAAUAAUCAAUAUACAUUCUCCUUUCAUACUCUUUAAAUCACAGGAAGAAGUGCCUUGAAGACAAAGAUCAAACCAAAAUGACAACUGCUCAAUUUUACUGUCAAUGCUGCACAACUUCACUUCUUAGGAAGAAAUAUGUGCUAAAAGAUGACAGUCCAUACUGUGUUUUAUGUUAUGAUCGUAUAUUUUCUAACUACUGCGAGGAGUGCAAAAAACCAAUUGAAUCCAAUUCUAAGGAUCUUUGUUACAAAGACCGGCACUGGCAUGAAGGAUGCUUCAAGUGCACCAAAUGCAAUCACUCUUUGGUGGAAAAGCCUUUUGCUGCCAAGGAUGAGCGCCUGCUGUGCACAGAGUGCUAUUCUAAUGAGUGUUCCUCCAAGUGUUUCCACUGCAAGAGGACCAUCAUGCCUGGUUCCCGCAAAAUGGAAUUUAAGGGAAACUACUGGCAUGAAACCUGCUUUGUGUGUGAGAAUUGCCAACAACCUAUAGGGACAAAGCCUUUGAUCUCCAAAGAGAGUGGCAAUUAUUGUGUGCCGUGUUUUGAGAAGGAGUUUGCUCACUAUUGCAACUUUUGUAAGAAGGUGAUAACUUCAGGUGGGAUAACAUUUUGUGACCAGCUAUGGCAUAAAGAGUGUUUUCUGUGUAGUGGCUGUAGGAAAGAUCUCUGUGAAGAACAGUUUAUGUCCAGAGAUGACUAUCCAUUCUGCGUGGACUGCUACAACCAUCUUUAUGCCAACAAGUGUGUAGCCUGUUCCAAACCCAUUACUGGUCUCACAGGUGCCAAGUUUAUCUGCUUUCAAGACAGCCAGUGGCAUAGUGAAUGUUUUAACUGUGGGAAGUGCUCUGUCUCUUUGGUGGGUAAAGGCUUCCUGACCCAGAACAAGGAAAUCUUCUGCCCAAAAUGUGGCUCUGGGAUGGACACUGACAUCUAGGAGACAGUCCUUUUGCACCAAAAAUCCACUUUGUCUUUGUUGUCACUAAAGCCAGAAUUCAGUUGCAGUCUUAUUUUUGACUUAAGUUUUAGAAAAUAAUAAUGUAGUUUAGAGUGGAAGAGUCUUUGCACACAUUUAAUCGAACUACAUUCUAAGGGCACAAAAAAACAGAGUAGAACAGAAAUGAAUAUAUACUAAAUCACAAAGACACCUCUCCUUGCAAAAUACUGCACUCUGCUGUUAGAAACAUAGAAAAAUAUCUCUUUAUAACCAAAUAUACAACCUAUACCUAGGAACUGUGGACAUAAUUACUGAAGAAUGAGGUUUUUCAUACCUGAAGAGUAAAAGAAAAACUAAGAGAUCAAAGUAAGAGGUAUACAUGAGACUAGUGUUUGCAUUCCCGGUUAUAUGUAAUGUAAUAAACUAGCUAUAAAAGGUAAAAGAAAAUUGAUCAGAGUAAAUUGAUUAGCAAUUAUCACAUUUAAGAAUUAUUAUUUAAAAAUCAUUCUUUUAUUAUUCACAUAUACUGACUUUAGAAUUAAAAAACAAAGCUACAAUUUGCCCUCAUACACACUGCUUCCACAGCUUGCUAGUUCCGUGUCAAUACAAUAUGAGGACUGAGGACAUUAUUGCUCUCCUACUCUGCAUAGGUAUAAAGGGGACCAUUUCUACCUAGGGAUAGUCAAAGCUUGGGUUUCAACACAUUUUGUAUUAAGUGUGUUUUCAAAGUCCACAAUGACUUUUCUAAACGCUUACAGAUUCCAUGAAAUAAAAGUCUGUUCUUUCAAGUAGAGCUAACCAGGAUAAUCUUUGUCCCCAAAGGCAAACCUUUAAAAUAAAUAGAUCAUUAAAUCACCACUUGUGGAAAUGAGUUUUAGGAAAGGGAUUGAGUGUUGGAACAUGACUUUCAUCCAGAUAUCUAAAGACAUAAUAGAAUGCAUAAUUAGCUCUGUGCCUCAUGCAUUUUGCCUUCUAAAAUUAUAUAGAUGAUUAAUGGGCAGACAUAAAAGUGGGCUUUAAAGAAAUCUAGUAAUAAUAAAAACUGAAAAAGAAUAAUUCACUGCUGGUAAUUCAGAACCUGCAAAGCAGCACAAUAGAGUAAUGUGGGCUGUAGGGGAGCCCUCCCCACUCUUCCCCCACACCUGUGCCAUCCACCUUACCCCAAGCCAAUCAUGCCCAAGCUUCAAUCUGCUUCAUAACCAGUAGGUAUACUCCUAACCCUAAACAACCAUCCUACAAGUCAGUCAGUGUUUAUUGAUCAUAUAGAAAGCGAACAGCCUUAGUGAGAAGUCCAUCACAAUGUUUAUCUUUAUACCAGACUUUAACUGAUCGUGACCGUACCUUGCUGCCCCUGGAUAUUUUCCAUAUUACUUGCAACAAAUGUAAAGCAACCUCUGUUCUCCAUGGUCAGUUAUCAAACUUGGUUAUAGCAUCUCUUGUGUGGAGUAGAAGGAGGUCAGGAGAAGAAGCCUACAUAGAUAUAUAAGCGUGUUCACUCAGAUUACUGCACAGCAUUAAAGGUUUUGAUUAAAAUCUAAUUAUAAGAUACUGCUGAUUACAAUUACUAAAAUACCAUCACAGAAGAUUCAAUUAAAAUUGUUAUGGAAACAAUUUUUGAAAUAGUUUAAAAUGCAAGAACAUUCAGGGAUGUUAACAAUUUAGAGAUACUAAUAAAUGUUCUGCUAGGUAGAUUAUUUGAAAACUAUAAAUAUAUUUUUAGAUUAACAAUGUCAAGGUAUUUUUUCAUAUUCACAUUGUAAAAUACAGGGAAAACUACCAAUAUUUUUUCUUCAUUAUAUGAAAUUUCACAGAUAGAACUAAAUCUACAAUAUAGAAAAUAGUGAAUUGCAUGUAGAGAAAUCCAAGCCACUUAAGUCUAGAUAGAUAUAUAACAUGUAACACCUUCUCUGUUAACCAAUUAUAGAUAAAUAUAUAACUUGUAAUGCUUUGUUAAACAAUUGGAAAUGUUUAGGCAUUUUAUUGUGUGUGGGGGUGAGUAUGCACGUGAUCAGACUUGUAUUCUAGGUUUUCAAUUAAAAUUCACAGAAUCAUUUCCUUGAUAAAGAUCUUAUUACCCUUUCAUAAGCAUAAAUAUAUAUACUUUUACACAUAAAUAGUUCUGCAUUUAGAAGGUAUUCUACACAUCAAACACAUAUUAAACAUGUACUAUGCCCAAAGUUAGAGCUUACGCUGUUGUGGUUCUGGAGUGAUAGGAAGAUGGAUCAAGGUAAAUGUGGAAGUGCCUGAGGCAGAGAUCCUUGCUUACAGGUUAAACAAAACACCACUGUAGACAUAGCUCACAUAUGCAGAACAACUAAGGAAGAAGACCUCAUUAGGUCUUUGUGUAACGCACACACACAAAGAUAAAUGUAAAAAUUAUAUAGUUGAUUUAUAUGAUUCAUGUAACAAAGAGAAAAACUCUCUUAGGGACUUACCUGAAGAUGAAAUGGACUGCCGGAGGAAACAAUGGGCUCCCAGUAAUUCAAAGGUGACAUCUGCAUAGGUGGGAAAGUAGUUCCUGCCAAUAACAACCAGAUGGCUUGGAAGUAGCAGAGACUGUGCCGAAGAGCAAGAGGAAAUAAGAUUGCUAAAAGAGAAAGAGUCAGAGUAAGGGAGAAUAUUAACUCUUAGGAUAAAAAGUGUGUGUAACAGGCCAUAGAAAGUUACCAACUGUUCUUAAGUAGAAGAAGAAAAUAAUUAUUGCAGUGUUUGAGGAAAAUUAUGCUAUUGAUUCUUUGUGGAAUAGAACCAAAGAAAUCAAGACUCCAAGGAUUAAGUUUCUUCCUGCAGUAGUAAGUUUGGUUAGUGGCUACAAAAGUGAAAAGAAAGAGGAAAAAGGCAUUGAAGGCCAAGAGUUAUAUUUGUUGGCAAAGAUGAGUAUGCAAGUCAACAAGUCAAAAUAUUUUAUUUUGUUAUGUUGGGGAUUAAGGAUGACAAAAAAAAAAAGCAAAAAUGUAUUUCUGCUUCAAUAAUAAUGAUUAAGAUGCUCAAGGGUUCAAUUUUAACUUAACAACAUUAUAAGAGUGUUAAAUUGGGAAAAAACUAGCUUCAUUGGUUAAGUAAAACGUGGUUAUGUUACAAUCCGGGAUUCAAAGCUUACAUUGUUGCUAUAACUUUAAAAAAGGGAACAUUAGAUUGCUCACUGGAGUAAAAUAUUGGCCUACCCUCAUGAAAAAUGCAUAAUACUAAUCACAAAUGGUUUAAAAAAACACUGUAAAAUUUAAUGCCACAAAUGAAAAGUCAAUCCAAAAACAUAUUUGAUGUUAGUAAUAUCAUUUUGAAUUAAAAAAAUAAUUUUUAAUUUACUUGGCAUCUUGAUAAUAGUUCAUUUUUUAUGGUUGUUACCAUAAAACAGUAUGUUUUUUAUAUAUUUAAUUGAGCCUUCUAUUACCCAUCUAUUUUUACACCAUUCAAACUAACUAUGUGUUUAGAUAUCAUUUCAGUAGAUGCUGAGAGUUGCUAAUAUGAGGUUAGUAUAUGGUUGUUACCAUAUAACAGUAUGUUUUUUAUAUAUUUAAUUGAGCACAUAGUCUGUAAGGCAUCUGUAGGUGUUUAUGAGGAUAAUGAUACUGUUUUUGCUCUAAAUUGGUUUUUAGAAGUCUCUUAUACUGAAUAAAUUUGCAUUUUACAUAGUCCAUAUUACUCAUAUUAUUUUUAAAGAUUCAUUUUUUACAUUAACUAUGUAGUAAACAGAAUAGGUGUGAAAUAAUUUCUGUAGUGUUUCUACUUCUAUUACAUAAGUAAACAUGAUAACUUUUACUAUUACCCAUCUAUUUUUACACCGUUAAAAUUAACUAUAUAUUCAAAUAUCAUUUCAGGGCAUUAAUUGGAAAAAAACAGAAUUGUCUUAUCCAAACAGAAUCUCUCUUCUGUUAAACUAGGAGAUCCAUGGCUAUGUUCUUUCUUACAGUAAUAAAAUGUUAAAAUAUUCUAAACUUAAAAAAAUUACUUCCUAUUAUUUCUGUGAUUCUGAAAAUAUUUUAUGAAAAAAAUCCCACUUUAAUUGGAUUUUUCUACUUUAAUGUAGAUAGUCUUUUGCUAAUUUCUUAUUUCUAUAUGCAACGAAUUGCUAAAACUCUUGGCAGCUUUAAACCCUUAUCUAUUUUAUCUAAAGCAAAAUUUAUGUCUAUGACACACAUCUCCAUGAAACUUUAAUCCACACUAUUAGUAUCAGUUACUUUCCAGAAUUAAUCUUGCUGAAAUAUUUUAAUGUCUAGACAUAUUUCUCAAAGAAUAUUUGGAAUAAUACCCUUAUCAAAUAUUUCUAGUUUACUUUUGUAAUCACAUUUUUUUGAAAACUAAUGAUAUUCUUUUGGGGACCUAAAACAUAAACUUUGUCUUGGAAUAGUGUUUAUUCAAUAAAAGAGACAGAAUGCCAUUAGAAAUUACAGUUGUUAGGUAUUACCUUUAUCCUAAAUCUCUUCGUCUAGGAUUAUUAAAUCUUUAGAUCUUCAUUAUCCUACCAGAAACAUUGCAGGGCUGACUGAGGUGAGAUCACCUUUAAAAAAUGGAUGGGAACUUUGAGGUUCUCUUUUCAGGGAGAGGUAAAGGAGAUCACCAGAAUACAUUUGGCCUUGCAACUCUCAGCAUUUACUGAAAUGAUAUCUAAACACACAGUUAGUUUGAAUGGUGUAAAAAUAGAUGGGUAAUAGAAGGUAAAAGUUCUUUUUUUUUUUUUUUUUUUUUUUUUUUUUUUUUUUUUUGAGACGGAGUUUCGCUCUUGUUGCCCAGGCUGGAGUGGUGCAGUCUCGGCUCACCACAACCUCCACCUCCUGGGUUCAGGCAAUUCUCCUGCCUCAGCCUCCUCAUCAUGUUCUUUUUAUGUCAACAUUAAAGAAGGAUAUCUAAGAGAGAGGAUAUCAAGUCUUCAUUUGAACCAUCCAUCUCAAAAGAAUUUAGAAAUGAGUCCAUCCAUUCAAGUCAUCCAUGUGGCUUCUUAGAUGGUCCCCAAAACAUAUCCAGAGAGAAUUAGAGAAGUUUUAUCUGCUAAUUAAGACCAUUCUGAAUUUUUCUGGCUGAUAAGCUUUAGACCAGAUACUCUGUUCAAUAUGGAGAAAAUCAAAAAGGAAGAAAAUCAAAAAAGAGGCAAAAACAAAACAAAACAAGAGAUUGAGAUCAAAGUUGGAGUCUAUAAAAGAAAUAACAGAGUUUAUAUGUAUUUGAAAUGACUGGAUUUUAUAUCUCUGUGGUUGAGAAAGGGAACAGCUUGCUGUGAUAGAAUUAUGAUCCAUGUCACUGAGGAGCAAAGAGUAUUUGGGUCAAAUAUUUUCCCACAAAUGUUAACAAGCUUAUGGAGUGGAUGUCCAUAAAGGGUUCUCUAAAUGAGGAACAUUAAUGAGCUCAACAGACAUUCAUCCAGUGACUCAAACAGUGACAUUAAAUGCUAUUCCUGCUACACAGAAAAACAAAAAGUUUGAUAUUUAUGGAAGUCCACACACUGAAUCAUUAAGGCUUACUCCUUCUUUAACAAAUGACAACCUCUCUUCUUUGCCUCUGCAGCAUCACUUAUAGGUCUGUUUAUUUAAGAGCUUCAACCCAAGCUCUCAAACAAGAAAUGAAUGAAGGAGUAUAGAUACAGGAGAAAUGGGGGAAAAUAGUGUGGUGAUAAAAAUUUUGACAUUUCUGAAAAAAAAAUGAAAAACCAUUUUUAAAACUUUCACUUUCCCUAUAUAAUAAAAAUUUUCCCGAAGUACAAGACAUUUACAAGAGGCAAAAUAUGUGAACAGAAAAAAGGAAAAGUUUGAUAAAAUUUGGAGCUUGAGGACUACAAUUAGUAUCAGUUUUCUCCCCUGCAUGGAAAUUACUCUUUUAGAUGCCACCAACUAAUAUGGAGCCACAAAACUCAAUGAUUGCUUUUCAACAUUCAGUCUGCUGUGAGACAGGCACUUGCUUUGUUGGCUUCCUCAAGAUUCUUCAAAAUCUUUCUGCCGAUCGCAUCCAUGACACCAUUUUCUCCUAUGUCUUCUAAAUCUCUGCCUCCUUCACUAGCACACCAUCUUCUAUCGAUUUCUUAAAAACAAAUAUUCCUAAAUAUUCUUGACCUCCUUGUUCUGUAUUUUCUCUAUUGGUGAAUUUAUCUAAUUCCAUGAUUUAAAGUGCUUUAUCUGGGUAGCUGAGAUCCAAAUACACAUCUUCUGACUUGAAUUCUCUUUCAAGUUUCAGACACAAGUUUCUCAUUGCCUUUUGGACAUCUCAAACCAGUGUCAUGCAGACACCUAAAAAUAACUAUUAGCCUUUCUCUAAAUUCCACUUAUCUUCCUCUGUUCCUCAGCUUAGUUAAUGUAUCAUCCAAAUAGAGCUUUUUAAAUUCAAGUCUUGGACACAUGAAAAGUAGUCAUUAGGGAAAUGCAGAUUAAAACCACAAUGAGAUACCAUUUCACACAGCCUGGAAUGGCUAUAAUAAGUAAGACAGUAACAAGUAUUGUGGAGGAUGUAGAAGAACAGGAAGUUUCACAUAGUGCUUGAGUAAUGAAAAUGAUAGAAAAUGAUUCAGCUACUUUGGAAAAUAGUUUGAUAGUUUCUCAAAAAGCUAAACAUUAAACUACCAUAAAACCCAGAAGUUUCAGUCAUAUCUACCCAAGAGAAGUAAAAAUAUAUGUCCACACAAAUGUUCAUAGCAGCAUUAUUCAUGAUAACCCAAACUGAAACUACCCAAGUAGUCAACUGAUAAAUAAAGGAAGUGUGAUACAGCCAUAUAAUAUUAUGCAGCCAUAGAAAGGAAUGAACUAUUGAUAGGUGCUACAACAUGAAUGAACUUUGAAAAUAUUAUGCUAAGUGAAAGAAGGCAGACAAAAAGGCCACAUAUUGUAUGAUUCUAUGUAUACAAGAAGCUCAGAACAGGCAAAUUUAUAGAGACCAAGUAUAUUAGUGGUUUCCUGGGGUUAGGUCAUGAACAGUACUUAACUGCAAGUGCGCAUGAGGAAACUUAAUUGGGGAGAAUGAAAAUAUUGUAAAACUAUUUCAUGGUAAUGAUUGCACUGCUUGAUGAAAUUACUAAAAGUCAUUGAAUUAUUGACUUGAGUAAACUGUAUGAUGUAUAUGCUAUACCUUAAUAAAGCUGUUUUUUUAAAUCUA